AUGGUGUCAAGCUAUGAUGCUGACACAACACUUGCUGACUCGGUUCACUACAGACUGACUGACUUAUCUGAUGAACAACUGGCUGAUUCAGAUGUUGAUUUGCUGACUGAGGCUAGUGAUGUGUCGACUGACUCACACGAAGACACCUUGACUGAAGAUGAUACUGUGUUGACUGAUUCAGCUGACUGUUAUUUUAUGGAAGACACGUGUUUCGCUGACUCUACUGAUUCGUUGACUGACUUAUCACUUAUUGACUCUGACUCCUUGACUGACUCUGUGAUACCCGACAUAAACUUGACUGAAAUGGUGCUGACUGACGGCCUAACUGCACCUCACACACUACUGACUCAUGGAGACUUAACUGACAACACACUGACUGACAUGACUCACACCAACUUGACUGACAUGACCGAUACACUGAUGACUGACGCAAACCUGACUAACACUCUAUUGACUGAUUCAGCAGACGCCAUGUUGACAGACACAACCCACCAAAUACUGACUGACACACCUUUUACUGACUUGACUGACAAUACUGACGCCUUAUCUGACUCAGCGGCUACCAUGCUGUCCGAUUUGACUGACUUAACCCUGCUGACUGAAACUGAGGACAUGGACUACGCGAAAUUGACUGAAUCACAUCACUUGCUACUGAGUUACAGAGACAGUGCAGUUUAUGACUCAGAUGACACUUACUCACUGAAAGAUGCUGAUGAUGACGAUGAUGACGGUCGACUGAGUGAUAUAACGGACACUCUACUGACUGAAAAUUAUUACAAUGACUUGACUGACCUUGACGAGUCUUUACUGAAUGAAAGUGACAAGGACGAGUGUGAUUUGGAUGAUGUUUCACUGACUUCUUAUUUACUGACUGAGAUGGAUGACAUUUCACUGACUGAUAGUUUGACUGAAAUGACUGAAACUUCACUGACUGAUGGUUUGUUGACUGAAAUGACUGAAACCUUACUGACUGAACUGGACGACUUUUCCUUGACUGAGCCUAUUGACUCUUCACUCACUGACUUGACUGACUCUUUACUGACUGCUGAUGGUGACUCUUUACUGACUGAAAUGACUGAUGACUCACUGCUUAACACGCAUGACUCUCUACUGACUGACAUGAGUGACUCUUUACUGACUACUGAUGAUUUAUUGACUGAAAUGGAUGAGAGUUUACUGAAUGAUGACUCUGAAAAUAUGUUGACUGACGCUACUGAUAAUUUAGGAAGUAGAAUGACUGAAUUUGACUGA